AUUGGUAAAGAAGGGAAAAUUUAUGCACACUUUCAAUGGUUGCUUUUGUAUUUAUGUGUUGAAGAUACGGAUAGCGAAGACUUUCAGUCGAAGCGUGUUGCUGUUCACAAAUGGAAAAUAAAGGUAAAAUAAUACUUGGAGCAGUAGUCGCGGUGAUCAUUUUUAUUGGAGCGAUGGUUGGAACGUCUUUACGAAAGCUGAGCACAGAAGAAGGUAGGUCUGAAUGCGCUUGCAAAUAUUACAAAGUGUUUUAGGCAAUGCAGGAAAUAAGCACCUGUCUUCAUAGCAUCCCAGUUUACAUUUUUUCAAUUUUCCUUAAGUAAGAAUCCAUUCAGUCCUUAGCAAAGCCGAAAUUCAAAAUUGAAGAAAAAAACAAAUUUCACUCCGCAAAAUGCAGAAAAAUUUAUGUGAAGCAUUAUGUGAAAUUACUGCUGAAGACUGAGGAGUAUAUGUGCCACAAUAGUAACACCACGAGAUGUCAUCCACAUACUCAGAAGUUAAAGCCACUUAUUUGCCUCGAAUUUCAUACAUAGCUUUCAAAUAUUCGCUUUGACGUUGUUUUUAGUAAUACAUACUGAAUUUGCAUAAAGAGGUUUCUAAUAUAAUAGCUCCGCAAAAAGGCUCGUGCCAUUUUACUGUUCUUGUUUGAUUACUUAGAGUUCGUUAACGCAAUAAUUCUAGAAAAAGCCAACAGCGUUUACAGCUAUCAGAACUAUUUGCCACUGAUUCUUUUCAACUGGACACAUUUAACUUCAAUUGUUGACUUUUAGUAAAAAAUCAUUUGUUUUCAGAAUAAUGGCUAUGAAUUUUAUUUUAUCUUUUAAUUUAAGCUUUCUUUUUAUUCUGCACGACAUCCGUUCACGUUAGCCGCUUUUUACAGAUGUACCUCGUUUUAAUUGCAUUUUACCUAUAUGUAUUUGCGAAUAUAACGUUCGUUAGUCUGUUGGUUAAAUACUGGUAACAGCUGAGUUUGGGAUAUGAAAGGUUUUGCUCACUUGCAAAUUCCUUUAAACUACGAAACUAGGAAUGAGUCCGCGUUUCUUCCUGUCUGAGCAGACGCUAGCUGACCUUGCGAUUUCAUUCAUAUUGUAAUAUAUUGUGCAUAAACACUGUUUUGCUGACCUAGCAAACUUAGCUAGCUUUUGUUCCAGUAAUUUUACUUUUUCAAAAAUAGCAACACGUACAAGCUAUAACUAUCUCUUUUAUUUGACUUUCAUUUACUUCUAAACGAUUCCUGUUUAGAUAUAUAUUGUACUCUUUUGUUUUCAAUAGUUAAUCAUAAUCAUAUAUAAGUAAGUUGCUUUGAACUGAUUUGUCGAUUACACUGCUCAUUACAUCGCGGAUUUCAGAGCUGAUUACAUUGCCGAUUCCAUUUGUGAGACUUGUGAGCUAAGUUACACUACGUAUACAAGAAUAAACGCUGUUGGAACCAAAGUUCAGUUUGCCUAAGAACUAAGACCCCCUCCAAGUCUCGAAACCUAAGAACUAAAACCCCCUCCAAGUCUCGAAACCUAAGAACUAAGACCCCCUCCAAGUCUCGAAACCUAAGACCUAAGAUCCCUUCCAAAUCUCGAAACCUAAGACCUAAGAUCCCUUCCAAGUCUCGAAACCUAAGACCUAAGACCCCUUCCAAAUCUCGAAACCUAAGACCUAAGAUCCCUUCCAAAUCUCGAAACCUAAGACCUAAGAUCCCUUCCAAAUCUCGAAACCUAAGACCUAAGAUCCCUUCCAAAUCUCGAAACCUAAGACCUAAGACCCCUUCCAAAUCUCGAAAACGAAGACUUAAACCGAAAAUUUCAGCUAAUUUUACAACGGUUAAAACACAACGGAAGGAAACGUUUCGUAGGAAUGCCCACUUUAAACUACAAAACGAAGACGAAAUCAAAGUCACGCGAACAUGAUGUGUCGCGACUCACAUAACAAAACAUUGACAAAAAAGGCCCGUGAGAACUGUUUAUUGGAUGUUUUUAAACGGUGUCUAUCCAAGUGUCACGGUUUUAAAUUGCCACAGACAAGAGAUAACCGGAAAUGUCACGCGAGCGAUCAUAAAAACGAGUCGAUAAAAGAAGUUCUACUGUUCUUGCUUUGUACAGUCAAAGAUGUCUCCAAUAAAUAUAUCCAUAAAUACAUAGAUGAAUAAAUAAUUAAAUGACAGAAAAGGAUCACGAGAUGGAGGUCUAGUGUGUCACGUGAGAGGUGGCAAAAUCUUGAAUUCAUGCUAAGCCUGGGCCCCCCGAGAUGCUAAACGACCUUUGUAACAACAAACCAAUUCUUGUAAGAAUUUUGGAUGGAAAGCACACGCCUCGAUAUUACAUAGACUGAGUUCCAUUGAGAAAUCACUUAGCUAGACUUGUUGCUUCUUGGCCCCGGCUGAUCUCCUGUCUACUUGUAUGACUCUCCUACGUAAGCAAAUGUCUGCAAAAGUCAUCGACAGGAUAAUCUCCCGCCAGAAUUUAAUUUUGACCGGGAAAUUACAUAUCACUUGCUUAUGUAGCUCCUGGUACUAAAUGAUGUUUUUUCGAAAUUCUCAACUUCCACGACUCUUUAGGAAGCAGAAAUCUGACAACGAAAGUAUUUUUAACAUACCACGCUUUGAUUGUCAUGGUCUGGCAGUUAAAGAGCGGCUUGGACAAGGUUCUUUGGGCGAUGUGUACACCGUGGAUUAUGAAGCUCAAGGAAAGGUUGCCGAAACAGUGGUUGUGAAGAAAAUGUUAUAUCCUUCAAUCAAAUUUGCAAAAUGAAACCAUCUGUUGGCAGUUUCCAGUAGGAGAAGUGAAUAGCUUACACUGUUCUUUCUUUAUAAGUAACGGCACGAAAAUAUUUCAUACAGGAAUAUCUUUAUUUAGUUUAUUAAAACUAAAUACAUUCAACACUCAACUGACAAUCGCUAAAAUACUCUGUCACAACAGUUGGUGUGGCCUACAAUAUCCAUCAGAAGGAACUUUCCUCAGAGGUGAAAAGAGAGGGUCUUCACGCUGGUGCUCCUGGGUAUCGCUUUAUCAUCUUCCCCAGUGUGUUCCAGAGCAUUACAUACUCAGAUAUUGAGUGUCUUAACAAGGAAGGCAUAGAGAUUGAACUGGAUGUGCAACUGCAGUACCGUGCGCGCCCUAAGGAUUUAAGACAGAUUAUUCUGCAGUUCAAAGACAAGGAAGACUACCUGGAGGUUCUAAAGUAAGUACAAGACCUUAUUGACUUAAUUUUUCAUAAGGUGUAUUGGGGAAAUUGAAUAGACAAGAUGGUGUGUAGUAGAAAGCACGUUAAAGACAUUCUUGGUUCGGUCAGCGUGACUUCUACCCUUCAGUAAUUUCCAGCGACAGAAAAGGAUUUCUGGUCUGCAUGAUCUCUCUAUAGCCAAGGUAACUGAGACAGAGACACUUCUUUUUAUUAAAAUAGCCGCGUUUGAGGUCCGUACUGUGAAUAAUGCAUCGAAAUCGCGGGAAAAAACGAGGAUGCACCUGUACAGUAACAUCGUGAAAAUAAGUUAAUAACGGUAUAUUAAAUGGUUUUUUUGCGAUAUCAGACUUUUGUCAUUUCGCUAUUUCGUACUUUCAGAGUUGUUGGAGAGUCAGCCAUUCACGACGCAUGCAGUGCAUUUAACACCAGUCAACUCCAGUCUCAACGCGCUUCUUUUCAAGACCUCGUUCGCAAGACCCUGGGUCGGAGAUUUGGCACUCUAUGGGGGGAUGUGACAGAUCUGCAGGUAUCAACGUUUUAAACUCGUAUAAUUUUUGGCACCACCCCCUAUCCGAACUGAAACUUGAAAGCUAAUCCGCAACCUUUUCUCAGGCUAAUAAGGGUAUAGUACUUUAUGCUCAUUCUGGAAAAAUGAGCGGGAAAAUUGUUGCUACAUGUCAUAGUAAAGCAGGGUUUUUUUUAUCGUAAAGGACAACUCUUUUACCAAAUAACCUAAUACUAGCUAAAACUGAAGAAAAUGACCGUCAACAUUUGACUGAAAGGUUUCUCUUCACGUUAGGUUCAAAAUAUCAAGCGCCCAGACACUUACGAGAAAGUAAUCCGUCAGAAAGAAGCAGCCAAAGAAAACAUCAAAAUUGCCGAAAAUGAGCGCCCGCGACAAGUAGUGCAAGCCAAGGCUGAGAAAGAGGAAGCUGUAACACAAGCAAAGAUAACUGUUCAAAGAGCGGAGUCUGAGGCGAGAGUGAUUCUAUCCAAAGCACAGGCCGAGGCUGAUAGUAUCAAAGCAGCUUUCGAUGCGGAGGCUCAAGCUUUCUUAAAGCUGAAAACAGACAGCUUAAGCAACAGUGUGGAUGGGUUGCUGUCUUAUCUUGGUGUUCGUCUAAUCGCUGAGAGCAACAAUACGGUUAAUUUAGCGAUUGAUGCACCAGCUAAGACAAAGUAUACAUACACGUAGGUAUUUCUACGCAGUGAAAGAAUCCAAAUUUAUUAAUUAAGCCGCACCAGCAAUGUUUUCUGUUGAGCCUUAGGUAUCUUUUAAAGCAAGCUGUUCCUAUGUUGCAGUUUAUAUAGUUUAAAACUGUCAAAACUGAACUUCUCUGUGUCAGACUAUAUCAAUCAUUUGUUGUAAAUAAGGC